AUGAAAGUAUUUUUGAUAAUUUCGCUUGGAUUAAUUUGCGUUUGGAGCGCAAGUGGACAGAACGAUGGCAGAUAUCGUGCCCCAACUACAAGGAGACCUCUAGUAUCCUUGAGCAGUGGUCGUUACGAUCCGAAAAACGACGGCAGGUACCGUCCCAGUGGCGAUGGAAAGUACAGCGGAGGCAAUGACGGAAAGUACAUUCACAUUGAUAAUCCAGGAGGAGCCUAUACUGGCGGUGGCGGUCAAUACGUUCCAGAGAAACCAAAACCUUCACCAACACCAUCGACAACUAGGAGGCCACCUGUUGAUCUCACCCCUAAGGCAAUCAAACCAUCAGUUCAAGGCAAGGGAACUGGCGAAGGCGGUGGUGGAUGGAAAAUAAUUCGAGACAUUAAUUCCUUGGAAACGGAUGGAUACAAUUAUCUUUACGAAACCGAAAAUGGUAUUUUGGCUGAAGAAAAUGGAAAAAUCCAACCAUUGGAUCGUGGAGACGAGGCACUUCGAUCGACUGGAUUCUAUGAAUACACUGGAGACGAUGGUCUCUUGUAUCGUGUUGAUUAUGUUGCCGAUAAUAAUGGCUUCGUUCCUCAAGGCGAACACAUUCCAACGCCACCUCCCUAUAUCGCCAAGUUAUUGGCUUAUUUGGAAGCAAACGCACCAAGGAGUUAA